UAUAGUCUGUGGUAUAGAGAGACUAAUGAAGAAGUUGACGAAAUAGAUCAGGAAACUAAACGUCUACAAGAACUCAAGAAAAGAAUUGAAGAACGAAAAAAAGCUUUUGCUUUGAAUAAAAAGUCCGAUGUUAUUACGUUACAUCAGCCAGCAAUUGAAAAACAAGAUAUAUCAUUAAAUGAUAUAGAAGUAGAAAAAACUACAGUUUGUUCAGAAGAACCGAAGACUGAAGCAAAGAAAAAAGAAAGUAAAUGCAGAACAGAAUUUAAAGUUUUGGGUGUUGAUGAUUUCGAAAAGAAAGCAAAGGUCCACAGGGUCCUACCACAUUGGUUAUCCCAUCCACAUGGUGUAUCAACAAGUCUACAAAACCUCACAUGCUCUGUAGAAAGUGUAUCCUGGCUACACAGUACGUUAAAAUCAACUCUUCUCAAUGAAGGAGUUGAAGUGCUGUUUCCUGUACAAGAAGAAGUUAUACCAUUUGUGCUAGAACAACAUAGACUGCCACAUCCAUUCUGGCCACAUGAUAUUUGCGUUUCUGCUCCUACUGGGAGUGGAAAGACUUUGGCUUUUGUACUUCCAAUUGUCCAGAUAUUAAUGAACUCAGUAGGACAUCAUGUCAGAGCGUUAAUAGUAUUACCAGUUCAAGAGCUAGCAACACAAGUAGCUAAGGUAUUUCGGAAAUACUGCACAAAUACAGGCCUCAAAGUGGCAUUGCUUAGUGGAGCUACACCAUUGCAGCAGGAGCAGCAAGUAAUUGUUCGGAAUACUGAAUCUUUAGGAUGGGUCAGUGUAAUAGACAUAAUAGUAUGCACUGCAGGACGUCUGGUAGAACAUAUACAAAACACAGAAGGAUUUUCUCUCAAACAUCUUAAAUUCUUAGUUAUUGAUGAAGCUGACCGUAUCAUGGAUCAUAUUCAGAAUGAUUGGUUAUAUCACAUGGAUCGGCAUAUUAAAUUGGAAAAUGACUUAAUGGGAGGAAAAGUGUCUGGACUUAACUGGAAUAGCCUUUGUGGAAAGAAAGCGCCUCCUCAUAAAUUGUUGUUAUCUGCAACAUUGUCUCAAGAUCCAGAAAAGUUAGAGCAAUGGGGAUUGUUCCAACCGAAAUUGUUUUCAGCAGCACCUGUAAGUCAGUUUGAAGAUGAUGAAAACCAUAUAAGGAAGUACACAACGCCAACUGAGCUUAGUGAACAGUUUGUGACAUGCAAUCCUGAGGAAAAACCUUUAGUCUUGUAUCACUUCUUAGCUGAACAAAAAUGGGACAAAGUACUAUGUUUUACCAAUGCAGCACAAUCGGCUCACAGGUUGACUGUGUUGCUGAAUUUAUGGGGCAAGGGUCAACUUAAAGUUGCAGAAUUGUCUGCAGCUCUAAAUAGAAAUGCUAGAGAUACAGUUUUGAAGAAAUUUACUCAGUCGGAAAUUAAUGUGUUGAUAGGCACAGACGCAUUGGCGCGAGGCAUUGACAUCCAAGAUUGUAAAUAUGUAAUUUCCUACGAUCCUCCUAGGAAUAUUAAAACAUACAUACACCGUGUUGGUAGAACCGGUAGAGCUGGUCGAAAAGGACACGCCGUCACUAUUUUAUUACAGAACCAGGUCAAUUUGUUUAAGGAACUUAUACAAUCAGGCGGGAAAGCGGAGCUACCACAGAAAGAAAUACAGCCAGAAGUAUAUGAACAUCUUGCACAUAGUUAUGAGACUGCUAUGAGAGAGACCAAGAAAUUAAUCCACACUGAAAUAAAUUCCAAAGUUCAAAAGUCUAUUGAAUUAAAGAGAGGUGCCAGGUCAAAACUAGGAAAAAGGAAACAUGGGCAAAUAAUUAGUGAUAACGGUACUGUAUAAUAGCUAAUAUAUAUUGGUAAAAUGUACAUAAAUCAGCUUAACAUAAAAAUAAAGACCAU